UUUUCUCAUCUCACAUCUACACCGAACUUCCCCAUCAUAUCUAAUAUUCAAUCUAACUAUUCCUAUCCAUCUGAACAGAACAUAGAAGAGAGAGAAAGAAACUUGAAGACAAAGGAAAAGAAAAAAAGGAUCAGUGUUUCUUCUCUUGUUUAUUCUUCUGGGAGCUUGAGAUAAGGAAAAAGUUGAAAUUUUUUAUUAAGGGGAUCAAGCAAAGAGUGGAUUGAAGAUGGGUUGUUUAUGCGAUUUUUGCGGAGAGCGGAGAUCCUUGGUGUACUGCCGCUCUGAUGCUGCAUCCUUAUGUCUGUCAUGUGAUCGAAAGGUUCAUUCUGCUAACGCACUUUCUAAGCGUCAUUCAAGAACACUUGUAUGUGAGAGGUGUAAUUUACAACCUGCACAUGUGAGGUGUGACGAAGAGAAAGUUUCACUUUGUCAGAAUUGUGAUUGGUUGGCUCAUGGUACCGAUCCAUCUUCUUCAACACACAAGAGGCAAUCAAUGAAUUGCUACUGUGGUUGUCCUUCAGCUGCCGAGCUUUCUUCAAUAUGGUCCUUUUUCUCAGACAUCCCUUCUAUGGGCGAAGCAUGUGAGCAGCAACUCCGUUUGAUGAGCAUUAGUGAGAAGAACGGCGAAAGUGCUUCGGCUCCUCUAGAAAGCCAGUGUGUGUCUGUUAUAGCUCAAGUGGCCGAUCUUCCCAGCAGGGGUAAAUCUAAAGUCGGCACAUCUCCAAUACCUGAGUCCAGCGCAGAACCUCAUAUUCAGGACAAGGCGCCUGAGCCUUCGAAUGAAUGUAUGCCCAAGUUACUAUGUCCAAGUAAAAAAUCUCCUGCACUAUGUGAAGAUGAUAAUUUGUAUGAUGAUUUCAACAUAGACGAGAUGGAUCUUGAACUUGAGAACUAUAAAGAACUGUUUGGUGUUGAUCUCAGUCACACUGAUGAAUUUUUGGAAAAGGGCGGUAUUGAUAGCUUAUUUGAGACUAUAGACAUGUAUGCCAGUGCCGGUGAUUUAAAUUGUCAGGGUGCUGUUGCUGCUGAGGGGUCAUCAGCUGGGUUUGUUGGUGCUAUCCAACCGGCAUGCAGCAACACAGCAUCUGCAGAUUCAAUAUUAAGUAGUAAAACUGAACCGAUUCUUAAUUUUACGGCAAGGCAAUCCCAAUCAAACAUUUCAUUUUCCGGUGGUACCAAAGAUGCUAGUGCUGGUAACUCUCAAGACUGUGGCGGUUCUGCAAUGCAUGUCUCGGGGGAGCCUCCCUGGCGUGUUCCUUUCGCUGAGAGUUCUACUCAAUCUGCUAAUCGCAGCAAUGCUGUCAUGCGUUAUAAGGAAAAGAAAAAGAAUCGAAAGUUUGAUAAGAAAGUAAGAUAUGCUUCUCGGAAGGCUAGGGCUGAUGUCAGAAAACGUGUGAAGGGCCGGUUCGUCAAAGCUGGUGAAUCAUAUGACUAUGACCCUUUGAACGAAACCAGAAGCUUCUGAGUGUACACUUUUUUUAACCCCGUUUCGCGAAAGGAAAGAAACACUCUCAGCAAAAGAUAUCAUUUAUUUAAAAAUGGAUGAAAUUUGAUUCAUUCUUUCUCCAUGCAAUGACAAACUGUCUGACUUUAUCACAGGAGCCUAUAUUUUCUUCAAGAGAAAGAAGACUGUUACCGAAUGAAUUGAAGGUAUAAGCUUGGGAGAUCGUGUGUCGUUCAUCGCAAAGGAUAUCUAAGUUGUGAUGUCGGCUAACAUGUCACAAGGUGUCUUGAAUUUCAACUCCCUAUUCAAUGAAAAACAUACUUCUUGAUUCUAAUCUAAAGCACAGUUCAUUGUUAGUCCUUUUGACUGCGAUCAUUUGACAUUUAUGUUAAUUUUGAACUAAUGUAUGUAGAAUUGUUGUAGAAUGUAAUGUUUGGUCCUGUUACACUGCAUAUAAUAUAAAUACAUGUACAUGGAGUUGUAAUUGUUCAAUAGUUAGUUAGAUAUGACAAUUGUAAAUUUGAAGGUUAUGUAUUGAAUAGGAUGUCAUUUAUCAUAAUGAUAGGUUGAACAUGUAUCAUGUAUUCAUAGGAGUUUUGUUUGUAUUGUUUACUUCAGUUGUAAUCCCUUUCUUGAUAGAAACUUGUGUGACUAUAUAUAAGAGAUUUAUGAUCUA